AUGUUAUCCCAAUACCUAUCCCUCCUCGCACUUGUACCCCUAUUCCUCAACACCCUAGCCUUCCCCACCUCCUCAUCGCCUCUGGACCCCGAAAGCCCCGACUUGACGACAAGAGACGAUUUCCUAAUGGAAAGAGACGACGUCCAUCGAGAACUCCCAGCCGGUGACUGCGAUAACCCCACAGCAGCCGCAGCUCGCAAGAAGCAGCUCGCCACCUUGCAGAAUUGGAAAGUCGAUUACCUGGCAAUCGCUCUGGAGGAGAAGUACGCUUAA